AUGGCUCAACCCAGCAACACCGCUGCUGGAGUUGACAACACUUUCCGAAGAAAAUUUGAUCGAGAGGAAUAUCUACAGCGUGCUCGCGAGCGCGAAUCAAAGGAGGCAGAAGGUCGAAAGAAAUCGAAAUCAAGUGGCCCACCAGUGCAAAGGAAGCCAUUGAAGCACCGGGAUUAUGAAGUGGACCUCGAAUCACGCCUGGGAAAGACUCAGGUUAGGUUACAUUUAGUGAUCCGAAUGAAUAGUGCUGGAUACUACUGCUCAGUUUGUGAAUGCGUAGUGAAAGAUUCUGCAAACUACUUAGAUCAUAUAAAUGGGAAGAAGCAUCAACGAGCUUUGGGCAUGUCUAUGCGGGCUGAAAGAUCAACCUUAGAGCAGGUGCAGAGGCGGUUUGAGGUUCUCAAGAAGCGGAAAGAUACUGGAGGCUUUACAGAACAAGACUUUGAUGAAAGGAUCCUUAAACAACAACAAGAAGAUGAGGAAAUCAAGCGCCAACGUCGUGAGAAGAAGAAAGAGAAGAAUCUCCUCUCACACUUCGUCUCCGUGUGCGCCUCCCUCGACCGUAUGCCGUACGCCGCCCGCGUUUUCCGGCAGUCUCCCAGCCCCAACAUCCUCCUCUUCAACGCCGUCGUUAGGGGCCACUCCCUCCGCGGGCCCUUCCUGGACUCCAUCGCCGCCUACUCAAUCAUGAAGAGGCGCGGGAUCCGCCCCGAUGAGUUCACCUUAGCCUCCCUCCUCAAAGCCUGCGCCAAUCUCCGCCAUCUCAGCCUCGGGCUAGGAGUCCACAAGGAGACCCUAGCCCUCGGGUACCAGAGGUUCGGGCCGGUCCGUAUCGGGCUCCUGGAGCUGCUCGUCCAAUGCGGGAGGAUGGCGGAGGCCCUGAAGCUGUUCGACGAAAUGCCCCAUAGGGAGGCCAUCGCCUGGAACCUCAUGAUCUUAGGGUUUUCCAAAAUUGGCGACCUGGAAAAGGGAUUGGAUUUCUUCAGGCGAAUGGAGAUAAUGGGCUGCGAGAGAACCACCAUAACCUGGAACACCAUGAUCUCCUGUCUGGCACAGGGCAACAGGGACAAGGAUGCUUUGGAGCUUUUUCGGGAGAUGACUACUAUGAACUGCACGCCAGACGAGGCCACGUUAGCAGUGAUACUUCCCACGUGCGCUCGAUUGGGCAAAAUCGACAUUGGGAAAUGGGUCCACUCGUACGCUGAGUCGAGCGGGCUCUCCCUGAAAUCCGUGCAGGUGGGGAAUUCGCUCUUAGAUUUCUACUCCAAGUGUGGGGAUAUCGAGCGGGCCCUCGAGCUUUUCGAGCGCAUGCCUCGUAAAAACGUGAUUUCUUAUAACACGAUGAUCUUGGGCUUGGGUUUGAAUGGAGAAUGUAAGCAUGGGAUCAAGUUGUUUGAGGAGAUGAAGGCAUCAGGGGGCAUAAACCCUAACGACUCGACUUAUGUUGGGGUCUUGACUUGUUGCGUGCACGCCGGGUUGGUUCAAACGGGUAAGGAUAUUUUUGGUUCGAUUGUGGAGCCGAAAGUCGAGCAUUAUGGUUGCAUGGUCGACUUGCUUGGCCGAGUUGGAUGUGUAAGGGAAGCUUAUGAUUUGAUAAGGGGAAUGGCGGUGGUUGAGCCGAGUGCCGCCUUGUGGAGUGCUUUGUUGAGUGGGUGCCGGGCGAGUGGGGAAAAGGAGAUUGCCGAGCGUGCGUUAAACGAGCUUAUCAAGCUUGAGCCGUGGAACUCGGGGAACUAUGUUUUGUUGUCCAAUAUGUAUGCGGACAGAGGCGUGUGGACUGGGGUCGAGGAGGUUCGGGCCCGGAUGAGAAAGAAUUGUGUUGAGAAAACCGUGGGCCAGAGCGUGGUUGAGUAG